AUGGAGACGAUGGAUAAAGCCUGUACCCAUCAUGUCAACUUCUCUGUCUUAAUCAAUGGGUCAUCGAAUGGUAGGUUUGAAACCUCUAAGGGGUUGAGACAAGGUGAUCAUUUAUCUCCCUUUCUCUUCCUCUUAGUUGUUGAAUCCUUAAAUCUCCUUUUCAUUAAAGCUUGUGAUAUUGGUUGGUUUAAGGGGUUUGAAGCAAUUCAAAAUGAAACUGUGUUUAAAGGUAAACUUCAAGAAGACAUCUUUAGUUCCAGCGGGGAGGUUUCACAAAUUCAUUCUUAUGCCUUGUCUUUUGGUUGUAAGGUUGAACAACUCCCUAUUUCUUACGUAGGUUUGCCUUUAGGGGAUAAGUAUAUGUCCAAGGAAAAGUGGCAUAUAGUGAUGGAGAGAAUAGAGGCUAGGUUGACUAUAUCGUCAACUAUUUAUCUUUCUCGAGGAGUUUCAGAAGAAAAAGAUGCUACACUCGCUCAACUAAGAUACGUUAAUAAUGAUGUUGUGGAGUGGAACUUGGGAAUCACGAGAAGAGUGCAAGACCCGGUUAUUGCUGAGCCCUCUUCCUUAUUGCUUAUGUUGGAAAAUUGUCCACUUGGAGAUGUUAACUCAAAGGAUAACCGAAUUUGGAGUGGUGAAACAUCGAAUGGGUCUUUUGCGGGCUUACGCCGCAUACGAUACAGGACCACUGUUUUCAUAAUUGCGAAAGAAUUUGGGUAUGCAAAGAUGAAAAGAGAUGCUACUGGCAGAGUUCUUGAUGAUAAUAAUCAAUCAACGUCUUGCAGCAAUACCAGAUAUGUUGGGUCUUCGUCACCAAAGUCUUUGCAGGUCUUUGUGAGAUAUUCUGGUGGUAAGACACAAGUAAUACAUGCAAAUACCGAUGAUACAGUUGAAUAUGUUCAUGAACAAAUUACAAAAAAGACUAAAAUACCUGUGCAUGAGCAAGGUUGUAUAUAUUACAGAGGAAAAAAACUUGAGAUGGAUAAAACCCUAGAAUAUUAUUCGAUACAGAAAGAUGCACAGCUUCAAUUGGUUGCAAGGUUGAGGAGUACUAAAAAUCCGAAAGCAUGGCAACUUGUAAAUAAGUUAGUCUCCACAGUAGGUAGUCUGUGUAGAGGUGAAUAUCGUGGUGCAAAUACAGUUGUUGUUAAUGAUGUUAAGCUGUUCGUUAAUAUGUCUUCGGGAUUGACUGCGACUAUUUUUGGUCAUAAUCAAGUAUUUGUAGACGGUGGUGCUGCGGCAGCUCUGGUUAUGCUGUCUGUGUCACCAAUUACAGGUAACAAAGAGUGUGCUGAAGAGGCAAUCCGACUUUUUUUACAGCCUCUUAGUUCAGCAACAAUUACAGCUCCUAUCGUUUUAGAGUUCUGUCAAUUGCUUUAUAGUAAAACACCUCAAGACAAUCCGCUUUUUAUUUCUUGCCUAAACACUCUAGGGGAAAUUUUGGCUAUUGCGGUGAUUAGAAAUAAUGUAGGCAUAGAACAUGCUAAAGGAACAGUUGCAAAUAUGGGGUUGUCUGCAUUUGUAUCUGAGCUGGGAAGUAAAGUGAUAAAGGGUUUAGACUCUUGUAUUAAUCCGCAACAAAUUGCUGUAAUGUCGUUGUCAGAUGAUGUUCGUAAUUUUAUUGCAUUCUUUAAUCCUUUGUGUAAAAUAAUUGAGAACGGGUUAGGCAAGAUGGUUUCUGUACCUAUUUGUUUGACUGAUUUACUCCUAUGUUAUAACGUGGAGCUUGGAACGCUGCACGUAAUUUUCUUAGAAAUGCUUGGAAAAAUUGAUGAAUGCUUGAAAACAUUGGAGAUUUCGGUUGGCAAAACUGAUAGUUUUCGGACUCAGCAGGGUCAAUACCUUUCUAUAUUAAAGACACUGAAUACUUUAUCUAAACUUUAUCAAGGUGCUGAAGAAAAUAUUCUAUCUGUCCUGCGGUCAAGGAAGGUUGCUUUAAACACACUAAUUUUGGAUUCAAGGAGGAGCGAUAAUCAUCAUCGUUGGAUUCUUGAGCAUAAGGAUUUGACAACUUCUGAAUCUAGGAGGCAUUUGACGAUGAUGCUGUUGCCUGAGGUGAAAGCUAAUGGACAUUUGUUUGAAAUGCUUAUAAACAGGGAACAGUUAUUGGCUGAAUCAUUUGAGUAUAUAAGUAAAGCUAAUGUAAAGGAUUUGCGUUAUGGUCGACUUUUCAUGGAGUUUAAAAAUGAGGUAGCAACUGGUCCUGGCGUUUUAAGAGAGUGGUUUUGCGCAGUCUGCCAAGCAAUAUACAAUCCACAGAAUGCCCUAUAUCUAGCCUGCCCAGACGACAAGAGAAGGUUUUUUCCUAAUCCAGCAUCCGAUGUACACUCACUCCACCUUGAAUAUUUUCACUUUUGUGGCCGGGUAAUUGCGUUGUCACUGGUGUACAAAGUGCAAGUAGGAAUCCUAUUAGAUCGCACAUUUUUCUUGCAAUUGGCUGGUAAGACCGUGUCUUUGGAAGACGUGAGAGACGCUGAUCCAUUAUUUUAUUCAAGCUGCAAGAAGAUUCUAGAAAUGGAUACUGAAUUGUUGGAUUCAGAUGCUUUGGGUCUAACAUUUGUCAGUGAAAUCGAAAAAUUAGGAUCCAGGACAAUUGUGGAGCUCCUUCCAGAAGGAAAUAGCAUUGCGUUGAAUAGUAAGAACCGAGUAGAGUAUGUAAAUCUCCUUACACAACAUCGUUUUGCGACCUCGGUCUCACAUCAAGUAAAAAAAUUUGCCGAAGGUUUUUCUGAAAUUCUAGGCAGUACAGACCUGCUUGCGUUCUUUUUUCGGAGUUUGGAGCAUGAAGAUCUUGAUCGGAUGCUGCAUGGAAGUGAUAAAGCUAUAUGUGUUGAGGACUGGAAAGCGCACACAGAGUAUAAUGGCUGUAAAAGAACUGAUAGUCAUAUCAUCUGGUUUUGGAAGAUUGUAGAAGGCAUGUCAGAUGAGCAGCGAAGGGUACUUCUUUUCUUCUGGACAUCAGUGAAGUACUUACCGGUGGAAGGUUUUGGUGGGCUUCAGUCUCUAUUGCAUAUAUACAACAAAUCACACAACUCCUAUGAACACUUACCUUCAGCGCGCACAUGCUUCUAUCGGUUAUGCCUUCCGCGCUAUAAAUCUGAAGCUAUAACGCAGAAAUCUCUUCAGAUCAUCACCCAGGAACACUUGAGCUGCAGCUUCGGUAUGGGGUGAAACACUCAAAAAAACAAAAAGGUUCAAUAGGUGGGUCGCCGUUCUUUUUGGUGGGAUAUAACAUCAAAGGUUGGUUGCUUAUUGGGGUUGGUAGCAGUAUGUGCAGAAACAAUGGAGGAA